GUCACUUAGUCUUAAUGUAAGUGGUUCAUUCAAUUGAAUGUUAUUAAAAUAUCAAGAUCUACAAUAUGAUUAAAAUCAGUAUAAACACAUUUAAUUGGAGAUGUCUACAUAAUGGGUUAUGUGCAGAACCUGUUCAUUCUACUGCUGCUAGUAAAGACUAGCGUGUUAGAGGAGUAUGAGCGUUUUAGCAUAAAGGAAGAAAAGCAGGAUCCACACCCAUUGGUGAAUCUAGGAAACAGUCUGAAUCACCGUUUGACCACAUUAUCAAGUCCUCAUGGAAUUUUACUUGUCAAGGACCUACGGAAUUACUACAACCUUCUGUCAGAUGUGUACAGGCUCCUGACCCGCAAAGAUGGGGCUGAGAUUGUAAAAGGAUUUAAGGUGUACAAUGAGCUCGAGAAACAAGGUGGACCUACCCAUCUUAAUGUCACUUUUGACUUCUUUAAAUUGAAACGAAAAUAUAACUGGGCAGACAGUGUGGAAGUACAGGAUGUCAAAGAGAUCAUGUUACUGACCAAGGAGUUAUGGGAAGAUAUCCAGGACCGGGUAGUUCACCUGCGCUCCGGACGGCCAGAACCGGAACCUGUGGAAGAGUCUACCAUAGAUUGGACUCCUUUCCUACGGGAGGUCAGCUCUGGGAGCGAAGUAUCACACUAUUGAAAUGCGCUCUUUUUUAUUUAUUUACUUUUUAUUCGUUGGAAAAAACGUGAUUGCUUCAAAAUUGCAUGCAAUAUUGAUUCCUCUAGGAAGUAAAGAAAAGCUCGCUUGCAAAUGUGGAGAUUGAUUUCUACCACUAGUUACUACAAAUAAUACAUUCAGCCUAAUCAAAUCAUAUUUUCUAAUAUUGAAAAUACUAUUAGGAUGUCCAAGCAAUAGCCUACUUCAUCCUACAAGAUUAGUACUUUUAUUUUGUAAUAGUUUAGUUAUUUACCACUAGAUUAUGCUGCAAUUGUUAAGUUUAAAACCUAUUUUUAUCAUCCUGCACAAAUAACAGUUAUUAUGCUACUUUUGUCCAUAAAGUAAAUUGUUUUUAGUUACCUUAUACCAGAUAUUAAACAGCAGCAGGUGCACAGUACAA